AUGACCCUGCGCGUCUUUUCCAGACGCUUCUCGAUCCCGGCCAGAGGGGCCAAGCAUGCUCGUCGCACCAUCCCUGCCAUCUCAUCCGCCAAUCGCUGCUUCCACGCUUCCGCAUGUGAUGGCGCACCCAACCAUGACGCUAGUCCACGAGAGCAACAACAGGCUCGAGGCGGUGCAGUGGCGCAACAAGCCGUCACUCCACCCCUCCCACCUCACCUCGCCUUUUUCUCCUCCGCUCAAGCUCGACCUCGCUUGGCCGGCAGCUCAUCAACAGAGGAGAGCAGCCGCGGUGAUGCGAGUGCGGAUGCGGGUAUUGAUGAUGUGCAAGGAGGCGUCAGACAGUUGGCUGCUGCCUCCAGCUCAUCGCUCACCACGCACCACGCAGCGCGCUUCAGCAAAUCGCACCAGCGCUUCAUUCAGCCUCCUCACCCGUUACUGACUCGACUCACAAGCCUCUUGCACAGCGAAAGCGAUACAGCAACGAGCGAAGAGGUGUGGAAGGCUUACAGCGAUCUGCAUCUCUUCCACGCGUAUGGCGACCCCCACGCAUCCACCCUCAACCUCACACUCUCUCCCGCUCUGCACAGUCAUGCCCUGAGAGCCAUGACUCCAGACUGGAUGCGGCGUAAGGAGGCGAAGCGAGACCAACGCAUCACGCGCGACUGGGCUGGCCACGAGAUGGCUCGCUCGGUGGAACAAGAGGAUCUGCGUGACAGCACUGCACACGCUGCCCAUUCUAACAGCGAGGGCAGGCGCCACUUUAGAGAAGACCCUCCAGACGGCACCAAGUCGCCGUUCGGUCAGCAUUCGCAACGCAUCACAUUCCGCACGUACCAAGACAGGGUCGACUUUGUCUUCAAGCAGAUGAUGGCGACGUCUAGUCAGCUCAAUCUGCAUGUCGCACGUGCCGUGCCGUCUUUGCAAGACGCUGCAUUCUUCUUGAGCAAAGCUGCUCUCAAUGGCAGCAUGAAUGCCGUGGUCAAGGCUUACGAGCUGUUCACCUCAAAGUACGCUCAGCUCGAAGCGAUGCAGGCGCAGAGCAGAGGCAUGACGGAUGCACGUUUCCAGCGCCUUCUUCACGACUCAUACAAGUUCCUCAUGCUAGGGCUGGUGAGACACGCUGCCAGGGGUGUCAGUCGCUCUCGGCGUUCCAGUGGCCAAUUGCAGCAGCUCCUCCGAGAUCAGCAGGUCACCGGUCAGAGUGCGCAAGCCAGCACCGCUUCGAGCAAUCUGCGGCGAAAUCAGGAACGGGCAAGGAAACAAGCUCAGGGUCUUAUAGAGCUUAAUACUCAGAGAGCGCUGCAGCUGCUCUCCGAGAUGCAGAGCAGAGGCUUGACACCGCAUGAAAGCGUCUUGGGUCUAGUCACAAGAUGUUUCCGCUACGAGCAUGGUCUGACCAAGCUGUACACUUUUGUACAGACAGCUUUUGGUGUCGAUCUGAGGAAUUUCGACGAUCCUUACGGUCAGGGCGAAGGGCGAUCAGCGAGUCUGCCGCCGCACACGCUCAACACAAUUCUCAUGGCACUUGGGGAGCAGAGCACGGCCUCUAGAAUGAUGGCGACGUACGAGGUGCUUGUGCGGCCACUUCAUGUUGGUUCACUGGCUCCAAGUGCAUCGCCAUCGGACGACGAGGUUGCUGCUUCACGCCCCGCAAGCCUCUUUCAGACAGACUUUGCGGGCGUGUUCGAAUCCCUGAAAGAGCGUGAGCACGACGAAUUGACGGAGGCAACUGGGCUCGGAGAUGCGGAUGCUGGAGCCUCCAGCGCACUGCCGGUCUCGUCUCACCCACACUGGUUGCAGCCGACCAACUCCACCUACACCACGUUGCUGAGGUAUCUCUGCAGCGCCAUCGAGCCAUUCUCGACCGGAUUCGUGCAUGCUCGCGGCAAAGAGUUGAUGACUGAAGACAAGAAGCGCGCCAAGGGUCACUAUGCCCCACUAGCGCGCUACCUGAUACGCGAGCAGCUAGAUUCAUAUCAAGCCGAGGUGGUCAAGCUGGCUACUGCGCUUGGAGUGGGCUCGCCUGCCUUCGGAGAGGACUUGUCAGACGUUUUGCAGUUUGCGUCCAAGCUGCGCCAGUCGCUCGAUGUGCUUGACCAGCGCAUCGAAGAGUCCAAAGCUGAGGACGGAGGCGCAACGGAAACACUGGUGCAACGUCGCAAGGGGAGAGAAGAUAGGCUGGAACGCGUUUGCGCCAUGCUUGAAGAUCCACAAGUCGGAUCAGCGACGAUCGACGCCUCGGAGCCAGAUUCCCAGGAUGUGAAUCUCCGACUUUCGGCCCUGCAAGGCACGCAACUCAUGCCUGCUCGCUUUGCUACGCCUGCCCUUUUUUGGAGCUAUGCGAGUAUGGCAUCCCAUCUACGUUCCACUUACGAGAUGAGUUGGCUGGUGGACCAAAUCGGAUGGGCGCUGUACAUUGCGAGAGCGCACCGCAACGUGCUUCGCGCUGCGAGCGAGCGCUACGCUGCUCUGCGCGCGCAUUUGCGAUCUUCAAGCGUCCUGCUCGAAGGAGUCCAAGAAGCCCAAAUCUCUGCAAGGAAUUUGCGAGCUCUGAAUAGUUUCCUACACGAUGUGGAGAGGACGAUGGAUGAUCUGACUGUUCGGAUAGAAGCGCUAGAAUCGGAAGAGGCGCAAAGAACAGCGAGAUUGAUCAGCUUGAGGCGCCGAAGAAGGGUGAAUCAGAUCAAGAGGUCUUUGGUCCACUCGCAUGAGAGGGAGUUGGAGCAAAAGAGGAUGGAGAGGGAAGAAUUGAGCAGGAAGGAAAAGCAAGAGAGCGAGAGGAUCAGGCGCGAGCUUGGGAGAAGCAUCGUGGGUGCAAGUCGUGCUGGAUCUGUGGAUGGAGAUGAGCAGGCAAUUGUGGAGGGUCGAUUGAGGAGCGCAUAA